GCAAGGCAUGGGGGCGGGGAGGGACCGAGAGACACAACAAACAUGGCGGCGGCCGCGGCUGCGACAGUGACGAAGACCGUGGCGGCGGCGACGGCAACGGCGUUGAAUAAGACAGUGGGGUUUACUCCGUGUGGUUGUCAGGAGACCUCUGUAUGGCUUUUCAAUUUUAGUUGAAAUUGCCUCCAUGGCCUUUUGGAGUCCCUUGGUGUGUCUCCAGAGUAAAUUUCAAUUACUCUACAUUUCAUCAAUGGUGGAGUGGCAGGAAAAAGGAGGAACUGAUUUGAGGUGAAAAGUUUUUUUUCCUCUAGGUAUAACGAACUGUAAACUUUAAAAAAGCAAAGAUGGGUGAAAAGAAACCAGAGCCUUUGGACUUCGUGAAAGAUUUUCAGGAAUACCUGACUCAGCAGACGCAUCAUGUGAACAUGAUUUCUGGAUCAGUUAGUGGGGACAAAGAAGCAGAGGCUCUUCAGGGAGCUGGAACAGAUGGUGAUCAAAAUGGACUGGAUCACCCAUCUGUUGAAGUUUCCCUGGAUGAAAACUCAGGAAUGUUAGUAGACGGGUUUGAAAGGACAUUUGAUGGGAAGCUCAAGUGUCGGUACUGCAACUAUGCCAGCAAAGGAACAGCCCGGCUUAUUGAACAUAUUAGAAUCCACACAGGUGAGAAACCACAUAGAUGUCACCUAUGUCCAUUUGCAUCUGCUUAUGAACGUCAUCUGGAAGCUCAUAUGCGUUCUCAUACUGGAGAAAAACCAUACAAAUGUGAAUUAUGUUCCUUCCGCUGCAGUGAUCGAAGUAACCUGUCCCAUCAUCGAAGGCGCAAGCAUAAAAUGGUACCAAUUAAAGGCACUAGGUCUUCCUUAAGCAGCAAGAAAAUGUGGGGGGUUUUACAGAAGAAAACAAGCAAUCUGGGCUAUAGCAGAAGAGCACUAAUCAAUUUAAGUCCACCUUCCAUGGUGGUUCAGAAACCAGACUACCUUAAUGAUUUUACCCAUGAGAUCCCAAAUAUCCAGACUGACUCCUAUGAAAGUAUGGCAAAAACCACACCAACGGGUGGCCUUCCAAGGGACCCCCAAGAACUCAUGGUUGACAACCCUUUGAAUCAGCUCUCGACUCUAGCAGGACAGUUGUCCAGUUUGCCUCCUGAAAACCAAAACCCUGCAUCCCCUGAUGUAGUCCCCUGCCCCGAUGAAAAGCCUUUCAUGAUUCAGCAGCCGUCUGCCCAAGCAGCAGUCUCAGCUGUGUCAGUAAGUAUUCCCCAGAGCUCCUCUCCCACAAGCCCCGAACCUCGGCCAUCACAUAGUCAAAGGAACUAUAGCCCAGUGGCAGGUCCGAGCAGCGAGCCAAGUGCCCACACGAGCACUCCUAGUAUAGGAAAUAGCCAGCCAAGCACUCCAGCCCCCGCCCUGCCGGUCCAGGACCCUCAGCUUCUGCACCACUGCCAACACUGUGAUAUGUACUUUGCAGACAAUAUCCUUUACACUAUUCACAUGGGGUGUCAUGGGUAUGAAAACCCUUUUCAGUGUAAUAUAUGUGGAUGCAAAUGUAAAAACAAGUAUGAUUUUGCCUGUCAUUUCGCAAGAGGGCAACAUAACCAACAUUGAUUGAAAAUAAUCACAUUAUGUUUUAUCUAAUUUUGCCUUUUUGUAUUUUGUGGUUUGAUUUUUUUCCAUCCCUAUUUUAAGGUUUGUACACCUGAAAACCAAAACCCUGCAUCCCUUGAUGUAGUAGAUUAUAUUUAUAGAACAUAAAUUUUGACAGUGGAAACAAUUUUCCUAUUUUUUUCAUAAAAAUCUGGUCAGUCAUUUAUGUAUUAAAAUUUUAGACACUUGUAUCUCUUUCCUUUCAUUUAGACAUUUGAGAAUUAGAGUGCAAUCAUAAUCUUCCAGGUGUUCAUUUAAAUUUCUCACGUUUAUGAUCUGUAAAACUUUAAGGCUUAUCUAUGCUUUUGAUAUUUCAGUAUAUACAUUGAGCUAGAUGUAAUUUCUGCCAUAUUUCAAAAUGGUAGAAUGAAUUAUUUUCUCUUACAAAGUCUGUUACAACUUAUUUCAGUGUUUAGUAGAGAACUGCCUUAAAAAUUGGUCUUAAUUGAAAUACUGUUUAGUUUACAUAUCUAACAUUGAAUUAGUAAUUUCAUUUCAACUGACAAUAGUAAAGCUAUUUCAGUGUAAUUUUUUUUCCACAAGGGGAAAUGUAAAAUAGUUAAUUCUUACAAAAAUAUGAGGUAAAGUUCUAAAAUAAAACUCAAGACUUUAAAUUGAAAAGUGUGUUUAAUAUUUGAAAUACCCAUUUAUUUAAUUUCUAGUUUAAACACAUGUCCACUUUCCAUUGAUUCUUUAUUAUAUUUCCGGAUUACUUUCAAAAACCACAGGUAAAUACACUAGAGUGUUAGAUGCCUUUUUUCCUUUCAGCUUAAACAUUCUAACUCUUUCAUUAUUAAGUUAUUAGUGUCAGAUGACUUUGAUAACAAUAGUGAGAAUAUUUUAUUCUUCCUAUUCCUUUGAAGACCAAAGAGGUAUAGUGGAAAUAAUUCAUCUUAUUAUUAAAAUGCAGAUCUUCAAAAAAUUUUUCUCUGAGGAUUUCCUUUUUCUGCCUUCUAUUUAUUACUGCUCAUAAUUUCCAAGAAAAGGUAGGUAUAGAAAUACAUGGUAAAAGUAAUGGUGAAGAAAUAUUUACAAAAAAUGAGAACAUGUAUCUAAAGUGGAUUCUGGUCUCCUUUCAGAAUUGGCCAUUUAAAAUGUUUCCUGUGAAUUCAAACAUUCUUCUUUGUAAUUUCACUAGUAUUCAUGUAUAGUGAUAAAACUAUAUGGAAACUGAAUUAUCGCCUUAGUUAGAAAGGAUAAAAGAUGUGACAAUGGAUAUAAAAUGCAUUUAAACAUAUUUGUUUAUAAAAGUAUGACUUGCUAAAUCUAGAGUAAUUCAUUUUGAAUAGGAGGCUGUUGUUUUUAUGUAAUAACUAGUUUACUCUGAAGACAGCUUGGUUAAAUAAUAAAAUAUAUUGUUACUAACUGUUGGUUUCUGUGUACUUGGCAAAAAUUUUUAAUUUGGUUCACAUCUUCAAUACGCUGUUACCUAGCUUCAGAAGGAGAAUGUCCUGUUAAGCAUCUAUUAGCCCAAAAGGACUAGUAAAUAAAAGGGAAAUGUCCACAAAACCCCCAAGUGCCAAGUUAAUGGAUCCUCUGCCCCCUCCCACAUGCUGGAAAACUACUGAGUUCUUUAGUAUCUUAUCUAAGCUAAUCUCAACUGCAUUAUUUAAAAAACAGCAUCAAGGACAGUUUCUUCAGACUGGAACUUUCUUUUUUGUUAAAUCUUGUGAAUCUAAAAUUCUACAGUUCUGUUUCACUCUGUUGCUUAAAUCACUCACUGCUCAGUUCAGUUUUGCUGCAGCAAUUUCCAAAUGUAUAACUUUGCUGUAGUAUUUAUCAAUUGCCAGAAAGAAACAGGUUGUUGUUUGGAAGCUGCUGCAGUUAUUUUUUCCUUGUAUUUUUCAGAUAAAAGCAAUACCCCAAAAUAGAAAAUGAAAAAUUUCAUUAAAGAGAGUGAGUUCUCUUAUUAUAAAACCAGCUUAUAAAUUCCAUAUUCUGGGCCAAAUACAUUUUUUCUAACAACUAAAGAUGGGUAAUUUGAAGGUAUAUUUUGAUUUAAACAUGGAAAAGAUUUUUUUCAUAAUUACAAACUAGAAUGUAAAAUCCUAAUUUUCCUAUGACUUAAAAGAGCACAGUUGGUAUUCCAAAGGUGUUGAUUGCUUAAAAGCUACAAUUAUUCUAAAUGCACUUAAAAUUUUCAAGGCAAAUCUACCUUAUAAAGUUUUUUGGUAUUGUAUUUUUUAAAAGAUUUAGGAUUUUAUUUAAAUUUCCUGUGAGUUAAAUUCUGUAUGUGGAAAGAUGUUCAUAUCUUCCCUUGUGUAUUGAAUGUUUCUCAUUUUAUUUUUAAUCAAAUAUUUUAUAGAAAUAAGUUGUUAGGAAAAGUUUAACAUGCACUAUUUAUAGUACUUUGCCAUUAACAGGCAAUGUUCUGAAACUAAAUUUAUUUUUGUUCAGUGAACAUAAAUUUAGAUUUUUAAAGUUGGUAGAUAAUUUAUCUCCACUAAUAUUUUUUUAAGAAACUGUGAAAAGAUUAACAGGGAAUAAUUUUAUUUCAGAUUUUACUAAUGUAGUAUGUAGCUACAACUUGAAAUUCAAGUAAAGGUUAGACUUUUACUUGGAAGAAGUUACAUUCGGUGUUGCCAGUGCUUUCAUUUGAGAAAUUAGUGUUUGCCAUUCUUCUGCUAAAUUGUUUGACAAAGGGAAUACUAAGAAACUCAGAAAUAAAACUUAAGUUCUGCGGAAAUAUUAAAUGAAUGUCUUACUGAAAGAUUCCCUGCUAAAGACUUUCUCAUUAGUCUUAGAGGGUAUAUGCUUUCUAGAACUUGUUUUUGUUAAUAUGUACUUUGAUGUAAAAGAACAUAUUUUGUAUGCAAAACAGAAAACUUGCAUUAUGGUUGUAAAAUACACUAUAUUGUUUAGGGAUUCCAGAAAGCGGUUUAAUGCUUAAAUACCUAUAUCUAGUAUGUAGUUCAGAUUGUGAUGAAGCUUUGCUUUUGUAAUAUAUGAAUAAAAUAUUAACACUUU